AUGUUAAAAGUUUCAAUACGACCAUUACCGUCUGUUUUUCGACAAAUUCUUCGAUACAAACAUACUAAGGAGAUUGUUGUUGAUGAGAUAUCAUACCCCUCGGACCAAUGGACCAAUGUGCCGCCAUUUAUUUUGAAUUUGAUUCAGCGCAAAUUGCACAAAAACCCAAACCAUCCAAUUGGUAUUCUACAUGACUUGAUUCGGACAAGCACAAAAGGUAUGGGGUACACAGUAUAUGAUGAUUUCAAUCCUAUAGUAACCAAAUACCAAAAUUUUGACAGUCUAGGGUUUCCGGAAGACCAUGUUGGUAGAUCAAAAUCUGAUACCUAUUAUCUUAACAGAAAUUAUCUUUUGCGAACUCACACGUCGGCUCAUGAGCAAGAGUGUUUUUCCAACUCAAAAACCCCGGGCUACUUGAUCACCGCGGAUGUAUAUAGAAGAGAUGAGGUUGACAGAACCCAUUACCCUGCGUUUCAUCAAUUGGAAGGUGCGAGAUUGUGGCAGCGUGGAGAUUUGGAACAAAUUCAAAAAGAUAUCGAUUCGAUUCCACAAACAAAUAUAAUAGUGGAAGAUCCAUUUAGAGAGAAGCCAAUUACUCCAAAUAAUCCAGCACAGUCAUACAUGACCGAGGAGGAAGUCAGAUUGGUUUCAACUCACUUGAAGAGAACUGUUGAAUUUCUUGUGAGUCAAGUUUUUCAAAAGGCCAAAGAAUCUGCAAAAUUGGCAGGGUCUACUGAAUCGUAUUUGAAUGAACCCUUGAAAGUUAGAUGGGUGGAGGCUUAUUUUCCAUGGACCUCGCCAUCAUGGGAAAUCGAAGUAUGGUGGAAAGGAGAAUGGUUGGAGUGUUGUGGGUGCGGAAUAGUGCAACAACAAGUAUUGUUGAACUCGGGAUUAGGUAAAGAUAAGAUAAGUUGGGCUUUUGGAAUUGGGUUGGAUCGAAUUGCAAUGCUUUUGUUUGCUAUUCCCGAUAUAAGGUUAUUUUGGACAAAAGAUGAACGGUUUCAUGAACAAUUUCGCAAGGGACAAAUUAACACUUUUGUUCCAUACUCAAAAUACCCAGGGGUGAAAAGAGAUGUGUCAUUUUGGUUAAAUGAGGACGUUUUGUUGCAUUGUAAUGAUUUAAUGGAAAUCGUGAGAACUCAUGCUGGUGAUUUGGCAGAGAGCGUUGUUCUUGUUGACGAAUUUGAAAACCCCAAGACAAAGAGGAAAUCACAAUGCUAUCGAAUAAAUUACCAGUCUAUGGACAGGAAUUUAACAAAUUCAGAGAUUAAUGAUAUUCAUUCACGUGUGGAGCAAGAUUUGAACCCGCUAGGUCUACCGCGAUUUAACAACAAAAUUGCAAAUGGGGCUUCCUCAAUGCCUAGAAGUCAAAAGGGGUUACCUAUAAAGCAAAAUAUUCCCAAUGUCAAAGAGAUUAUUCUCAUCUCAUCCGCCAAAGGAGGAGUUGGCAAGUCAACAGUUUCAGUAAACACGGCCUUGGCACUACAUAACUUGGGCAAAAAGGUUGGUAUUUUGGAUGCCGAUAUUUUUGGUCCUUCAAUACCUCGGUUGAUGAAUUUGAGCGGUGAACCGCGGUUGUCGCAAACUACAGGGAAAUUAUUGCCCAUGUCUAAUUUUGGGGUACAGACCAUGUCUAUGGGUUAUCUUGUUAAAGAUGAACAGGCUGUAGUGUGGCGUGGGCUAAUGGUGAUGAAGGCUUUGCAACAGCUACUUUUCGAAGUGGAUUGGUCUCCAAUUGAUUACUUGAUAAUAGACAUGCCUCCAGGAACAGGCGAUACGCAAUUAUCAAUAAGUCAGUUGUUGAGGGUUUCGGGAGCUAUUGUGGUAACUACACCACAAGAUAUAGCAUUAAUUGACGCUGUUAAGGGUAUCAAGAUGUUCAACAAAGUGCAUAUUCCAAUUAUAGGUCUUGUGCAAAAUAUGAGCCAUUAUAUAUGUCCCAAGUGCAAUCACGAAUCUCACAUUUUCAAAAGUGGUGGUGCUAGUAAAGUUGCAAAAGAAUACGAUUUAAAAGUAUUGCUGAAUAUACCGUUGAAUGAAAACAUCUGCAUUCAGUCAGAUUUGGGGAAACCAAUUGUUGUAUCGGAACCAGCUAGGUUUCUGGAACAUAUCAAUAUUCUAAAAGAUAUACUACCUCAAUUAUCUCAACCUCAUGAACCUCAACAAAUGGAAAUGCGGAAAUUGGUAGAUGUACUGAGGAAAGGUGUUCCUAUUAAUUUUCAAGGCGGUGGUAAUCAUAUACAAGAACAGGAAAUACUGGCCAAAACGCUACUAGAGGGUAUCAUUGGAGAAAAGGAGAACAAUGCAACUUUUCAUAAGGCAGCCUUAAUUGAUGCUGUACCAAUAGAGGUUUCUCCAACAACAAUAAUAGACCUGCUCAUCCCAAUAGUACAGCUGCUGCUGACACCUGCGGAAUCUGUUGAAACAUCACCACUUGAUAAAAAAGAGAAGCAAAUCCAUGCAACAAAAAGCAUGUUUCUUCAUCCUUCGGCAGCUAUUUGGUUAGAAGAAGAACGUUACCUGGGAGAACACAUACCACUUAUGCCAUAUGCAAUCCAAACCCAGACAAUUGAAACCAGUAAAGCAUUUGAGAAAAUCGAGAAACUUGAGCUGCAAUUGAUUGAUUUGAGAGAGAAAAUGGCGCACCAACAAGGAAUAUUUCAAAAACAAAUAAAAGCGCUUCGUAAAAAACAUACACAAACCGUGGCACUAACACGUAUAACGCCCACUAUCUCACUAACUUUGGAAACUCUGUUUUCUACUGAGGACUAUGAUAUCGACGAACCAUCUCAAAACGAGGCUCCGCCUCAGUAUGAAGCUCCAUCCGAGAAGGGUAUGGGUAAGAAUAUUUUAAAUCAAAAGAAUCCUCCAAAUUCAGUAUUCAUUCUGCCUCAGUUUCAGGACCACCCUAGGACAAGAGUAAAUACGGAUGUGCAUUACUCAAAGCCCAAAAUUGCAUGGAAUGAUAUUCUUCCUUCUUCUAAACUUGUAGAUUGUGAUGAAACAGAUGCUGAGAUUACGGGAAUUUAUGAAAUGACAGAUCAAGAAGAAGAAGAAGACUAUUCAAAUGGAGCAAUAUUGUCCCAUGUAAACAAGCUGGAUAUGCCUUUGGAAACUGGAGAGGCCGAUUGGUUUGACAGUGAAUGGGAUGCAUCCUUUGAAGAGGAAGAAGAAGAGGAUAGUUUUGAUAAGAAACAGGAAGAUCAAUACGAAGAUAUCGAAAGCGACGACGUCUCUUUGAUUGAGAAUGAAGCUGAUACUGAGAUGGAUACUGAUGAGAUAAAAAAGAAGAAACUCAGACUUGAGUCAAUGAAUCCACAAGAUAAAAUCAAGCAUGUUCCAAAGAAUUCACCUGGAUCGUUGCGCUUUUCGGAACCGGCUCAUAGUCCAGAAAAUUAUUUCCAAAACUUGAACGUCCCCAAUAGACCAGACGACGAAGACUACUACUACUACUACUAUCACCACCAGCCGAAGCAGCAGCAGCAGCAGCAGCAGAAACAACCACAGAAGAGCGAAUACGAAUACCUUGAUGGGCAGAAUGCACAGAAUUCUCCAAACUUUUUACAGGAUGGCUCGGAUCAAGCAACGUAUAAUAUGAAGGCUACACCCACAUGGGAGCACGAUUAUAGCUUUGAAGCACCAGCACAAAAUGACAAGUUUGGUGAACAGAUUGAAGCCAAAUACGCUAGAAGAAAAAAAGCAAUGCAAGGUGGUGGUGGUAGUGGUGGUAGUGGUGUUGGUGAAAACUCACAUCCUGAGAUUAAUUUUGAUAUAAGGAAAGAAAUAGCUUUUACGAUGCUAGACUUUGAAAAUAAUAAUACAUCUUAUAUUGAAUCUGAAGAUAAGACUUAUAUUUACGAUACUACGCGUGAAGACAACAGUUCUUGGAAUGAAGAAGAUAUUGAUGACGAUGAUGAUGACGACGACGACGACGACGACGACGAUGACGAUAUUGUUGAUCUGGAGAACUCGUCAAGCAAAAGCCACGAUACCGAGUUGGAUGACGAUGAUAUAAGUAUGCUAACUAAACAGAGCAAUAGAAAAAUACUCGAUUUUUCCGCUGACACAUCGAAAACUGAAAUUCCAGUUAAAGAAAAACAGCUGCUGCUGUUUAGAGAUUUUUUGGUAAAGCAUGAAAUACCUAGAAAAGUGUUUCAUUCGUUUAUUGGUGUAUUUUCAUUGUGGCUAUAUACUUUGGGUGUCUCAACUUCACAAUUGUACAUCCCUUUAUUCACGGCGUUUGUGCUUGUGUUUAUUAAUGAUUUUGUACGAUUACACAACCCAGAAAUUAACGAAAUUGUCUGCUCCAGAAUGUGGUUCAUUAUUAGAGAGUGUGAAAAGAAUUCAUAUAAUGGAGUGUUGUACUAUUUAGCUGGUGUUUUAUUAGUAUUAUAUUUUUGUCCCAAAGAUAUUGCACUUGUUGGCAUUUUAUUAUUAAGUUGGUCCGAUACUGCGGCAUCUACUGUUGGUAGACGGUACGGUAAGUAUACUCCAAAGAUCGUUGAGGGCAAAUCUUUAGCGGGGUCAUUGGGUAGUUUGGUAACUGGUGUCUUUGCUUCUUAUUUAUUUUACGGGUAUUUUGUGCCCCAAUACAACUUUGUUAAUUUACCAGGAGAUAUCUAUUGGAAACCCGAAACAAGCUACAUGAAUAUCCACGUGUAUUCUUUGCUAGUUGGCAUAAUUGCUAGUGUUUCCGAAUUCAUAAAUCUCUGGGGUAUUGACGAUAAUUUCACUAUACCGGUUUUAAGUGGUGCUUUUUUGUACUUGUUGGUGUCAUUGACCAAUAAGUAG